UCAUCUAAAGCUUUCUCGGAUGUAAGACGAGCCACCGUGGACGAGAAUUCACUUGUUUGUGACCGCAACAGUUUCCAUCACCGGAGUCAAGGAAGAGAGACUAUAGGUGACCCAGCACCGGAGCGCACCUGUGGAUUGUUUUCCUGAGAGGUUGGAAACAUCUGCUGAAAAAAUGGGAUGUUUUGGUUUCCUCAAGUUUAUGAUGUUCCUUUUCAACGGCGUCAUCUUUGUGGCGGGUGCAGCCAUCUUGGGUGUUGGCAUCUGGGUGAAGGUGGAUAGCGGCUCUAUCCUGGGCUUCCUCGGGGACAUUGAAAACGCACCCGCAGAGCUCAGUCAGGUGCUCAAUGUGGGCUACCUGCUGAUCGCUGUCGGUGCACUGCUGGUCAUCAUCGGCUUCCUGGGCUGCUGUGGGGCUGCCAGGGAGAGCAAGUGCAUGCUGCUGCUGUUCUUUAUCAUAAUCCUGCUGGUCUUCAUAGCAGAGGUUGCCGGAGCUGUGGUGAUCUUGGUCUUCAGACCUUUGGCCGAAGAGUUAUUUGCCAAGUUGGGUACAGCAGCUGUCAAGAGCAUCAAGAAGGACUAUGGGAAAAAUGCUGACAUCACAGGACUGUGGGAUACAACGAUGAGCACGUUAAAAUGUUGUGGAAUCUACAACUCGUCAGACUUUGUUGACUCUCCAUAUUAUGUGGCCAACAACAAUCAGUACCCGCCUCCGUGUUGUGCAUCAGCUGAUAAUAAGCCCUGUAAUCAAACGAUGAUCGGCAAUUUCUCGACAGUCCCAGGUUGCUUUGCAAAGAUCGAGCAGUUGAUUGACGACAACACAGAGGUGAUUGUUGGCGUGGCGCUGGGAAUCGCAGCUCUUGAGAUAUGCGCCAUGACUGUUUCCAUGAUCCUUUACUGCAAGAUAGAUUCUAAGUCACGCUAACUGCCAAAGUCCACAUCGCUGGAGGAGUUCUACUUCUCAUCCAGCCUGAAACUGGUUUUAUUUAGUGGAAAUGUGUCAUUUCAGCAGUCAGAAUAACUGAAAUAAUUUUUUUUUUUUUUAUCAGUUUAAACAUAGCAAUGACAACCUUAUGCAUAACACUGCAGCUAGGUUGCUGCAGUAUAUUGCCCUUAUGACAUACUCUUCAGGAAUUACAUGAAGACCCUAUUUAUUGCAAUAACGAAAUUGACCCACUAAUGUUAGAGACAGGAAAUGCCUAAUCUGUUGCCAUGGCGCAAUAAGAAAUUAUCUGUAUAUUUGUUGUAUGCAAUAUGAUCAAUUUUGAA